AGUACAAAGCCUCUACCGAUCGUACCUACGAUUGAUUGCCGACUGGCCUGCCGAUUUAGUUCGACCUAAUCGAGAUAUGAAGAAGGUGCUGACAGCUCGAGUGCAAGAGAUGUUUCGUCAGACCGACAACACCGCCGCUCAAGUGGAUGUCGCCGAAGCACGACGACAGCUGGAGGCCUUGGAACGACUUUUGGCCAACGACUUCAAAGAAAAGUACCCAUUGUCGGAUAAAAUUGUUUCACCCGCCAGUAAUCCCAACUACUACUCCCGCCUGGUCGCGUCCCUUGAAGCACAAAAGACAGCAGGCAAGGGAGGCCCAUUUGCGCGGUUUUUUGGCAAGAAUUGAAUACACCCACACCCCAUUGUAUUAUAAAUAGCGAUCAUUUUGUAAAAGACAUAUUUGAGCGAGUCUCAGCGCAUUCGUUUUAAUGAAAAAAGACCCAAGUUUUUGAAUUAAUACUUUUUUCGAUGAGAUAUUUUUUUGUGGCUUUUUUUCGAUGGUGAUUUUUUUUCGGUUCGAGAUACGCAUGAAAAGUAGGAGAGACUAUGUACAAUAAAAACCGGAUGAACAAGCACACUUUAGGUUGUGUAAAGUAAA